GAGAUAACGAGCGGAAAAUGGCCACGAGAAACUUAACCGAGCCCUUCGUUUUAAUGCGAAACAACGCUCUGCAGAGCAGGCACAUUUACGCCGAACAGAAUCUAACCGACCGCGCGGCACUGGUCGAAUCGGACUCCGGCGGAUCCGACAAUGUAGAGCUGAAGGGCGUGAGCGUGGACAGCGGUGCGCCGCCCGCCUGGGCGGACGCUCUGGAAGAGACGCAGUACAUCCUGAGCAGAUUACGGGUGAAGAUAGACAGCCUGGUCGAGCUGCACUCCAAGCAGCUCACCAGGCCCACCUUGGACGACACGUCUCAGGAGGAAAGGCAAAUGGAGCAACUGACACGAGAGAUCGGACGCGCGUUUUCCAGCGGCUACAGACAAGUACAAACAAUUAAGUCGGCUGGCAGACACGAGACCAAGCCUGCGGAAUGUCGGCUGGCUGCCAGCGCGGUAAUGGCACUUUCGACUGCCCUGCAGGAGUUAGGUCUUCUAUACAGGGCGGCGCAGAAUCACUAUCUGACACAGGUGAAAUCAAGGGAAGAGAGGAACAACUUGUUCUUCGCGGAAGACCAAUCGCUUUUGGACAACGUAGCGACCGAUUCUUGGCUGACGGAAUCAAACGAGGCAACUGGUGACUAUUGGCAGAAGUAUGAGCAAAGGCAGGACUCGGUCUUGUUGCAAUUGGAGGAGCCGGAAAAUAGGAUGAAGCUAGCAAUGGAGAGGGAGGAACAGAUUGGAAGUAUAGUUCAAAGUAUAGGGGACUUAAAGCAUAUUUUCAAGGAUCUUGCGGUAAUGGUACAGGAUCAGGGUACUAUUUUAGAUCGGAUCGAUUACAACAUCGAGCAAACGCAAGUACAAGUACAGGAGGGCUACAAACAGUUAAAGAAAGCUGACUCGUAUCAGAAAACCAAUAAAAAGUUGUACUGCAUCGUGGUCCUCGCGGCUUCUAUCAUAUUACUUAGCUUCUUGUUCGUUAUAUUUAAAACGUAGAAUAAAAUUAACGUAAAAGUAUAUUUGUUGGUAUUUAUCAUCGUGUUCUGUAAGAUGAAACAUCUUUAUAGAGAGUUUGUUGUAUAUAAUGAUGGAAAGCUAUUUUUCAAAAUAGUACGUGCAAUUUUUCUCAAGUGUUUUAUUGUCGGGCAAAAAAAAAUGUAUUCGUACGAUUACUAAUGUGUCUGUUCGGUCCAUCUGUUUAUGGAUUAAUACGAUAGAAAUAAUCAGCUAUGAAUGUGGCAUUAAUCCCUUUAAUCAAUGCUAAUCUCGCUCUGUAUAAAUUAGUUUUAAAACGAUCCUUCGUAACAGUCCCUGCAAUUUUAUUUAGAUAAUCCCGCUGUAUUUUAUUUCUAAUACGUGUAUACUAAGAGUGAUCGCAAAAAUAAGAUUCAUCGUAGAAUAAUUUAUUUAUCUCACUUAAAUGUAUAUUUUUUUAUAGCGACAAUGUAUAAAUUAUUUUUUAUUUCCGUGUAAUAUCGCAACGAUGGAAAAGAAGUGCGGUUUAACUUUUUAUACCCGUAUUGUAAACUGUUCUGUACAUCCAAUUGUUAAAUGAUCAUUCCAUAAUAAAAUAAUGACUGAUUAAGUCCUAUAAA